GCAAGUCCACCCCUCACGUUCAAGAACUGCGUUCCCACUUCGAAAUUACCCUAAAUAUUGUAUUUAUAUCGCUUUAUUUAUACUAUGUGGUACUUUAAAACGGAUUWAAAAAAUCCGUUUAAUAUUAAAAGUUCGAAGAGGACAUUUUCUUCUAAAUAAAUAUUGUAAUUUGUGUUGUGCGCACGGAUAAUUGAGGUUAUGUCGUGCGAGGAAAGCUACUUAGCCAUCAGACGUUAUCUGUCCGACGAGCGGGAGCCGUACGCACCAGGGACCCAUGGCAAUACUAAAAGAAAGAUUCGUAAAGCAGCCGCUUGCUAUGUCGUGCGGAAUGGCACACUGUACUACCAGAGAAGACAGAAAGGCCUGGAUGAAUUCACCGAGUUGGAAGUGGUGUUGCAGGCUGGUCGGAGGAAGGAACUUAUCGACGAGUCMCACAUUGUCGCYGGAGAAGAGCACCUCAACCAGCAUCACACUUGGGAAUCAAUUUCUCAGAAGUAUUGGUGGAGAGGUAUUCUGAAGCAGGUGAAGGACUACAUGAGACAAUGUAGUCAGUGCCAGAACAGACAGGACCGGAGGGGGCUAUCGGAGGACGAUACCGGACCCAGACUGGUUGGCCGACCGGGGGGACGCAGGAAGGUYACAACCCCAGCCAGCGAGGAGGARGARGAGGAGGGAGACGAUGAGAUGGACUUUGUGACUUCCAUUCAUCACAAGACCCAGAGCACCAAAACAGUAGCCAAACACGAACUGGUCUUUGUGGACAGUAAGAUGUGGACAGUUUCAGCAAGGUUCAGUUUCCUCCCCCUGCUAGAGUUUGCGUUACACCUCCAACCUCUGUCUUCAACUUCUGUGUUGAUGGCCGACGUUGCCACGCUGGCCCGACACCUUCUGAUGGCCGAGGUCCUUCAGAUCUGUGAGUCCGUCCACAAGAAGGUAGAGGAGCAGAAGAUGAUGGUCUACCAGCAAGGAGACAUCCACACGGUGGUGUCCAGCCAGCCUGCACCCCAACAGGCCCCGAAUGAAGACCCCGGGGCCUACAUUAUGACCAUCGGGAGCGACGGCCAUGCCGUGGUGACUCAUACUGGGCUAGCUGGAGCAGGGGAUGACCUGGACUCMUUGGCCCACACAGCAGAGGCCUUCAGAGGGGAUCCGACGUCUGUAGUCACCCAGGCUCUGGGAGGUGAACCAGGGGAGACUAUGACCGUGGUUGGGGAGGCUGGGUCAGAGACGGUGACUCUAGUCACCCACAGCAGCCAGGCCCGGGUAGGCGAGUCCGUCACCYUCUUCUCCCCUACUGGAGAGGCAGAGACCAUGACGGUGGUGACCCACAGCGGCCAGGCCGGAGCCAGUGAGUCCCUGGCCGUGGUGUCAGCCUGUCUGGCCCUGGAGCAGCAGCCGCAAGACGGGUUCGWGGGAGAGGGGGCCUCCCCCUCCAUGGAACCAGGGGCCUUCCUCAUCAGUGUGGACCCAGGGAAGGUGGCCCCUACAGAGGUGGUCCAUCUGGCUGUAGUGACACUAACACCACAGGAGAAUGCGUCAACAACAAAAUCAUCGUCGGCGUCCCAGAAGGCAGAGCCAGCCCCACAGGCCUCCCCCAAGCCUCCCCCUGCUCCACUCCUCAAGAGGAAGAGAGGGCGUCCUGCCAAAGUCAAGCAGGAAGUUGUGGAGGAGCCUGCUGUUGUUGACGAGGAGGUGCCAGUCUCUACUCCUGCAGAGGAGACGCAGGAAGAUAUGCAGGGGACCCAUGACCCCUAUAAGAGRCGCCUACGACAGCGCUCCGUGGGGGAGGGAGGGUACGUCAGACUACACAUGGGACUCUCCCCCUUUCACCCCAACACCCCUAAGAAGAGAGGCGGAGCCGCCAAGAGGACAGUUAAAGUGAUUGAGGCCGCAGCAGCACUGAUUGGGAUGGAGACUGUUAUCCAGACAGACAUGGAGGAGAUCCUGUCAGUGGAGGGCGUGGCAGACGGAGCUGAGCCUAUCACAGAGCAGGCUGUGGGGGAGUGGCCAGAGCAUGGCCCUGCCCAUCCAGAUGGAGGGAGUGAGGUGGCGGGAGAACACUCCUGUUCAGAGUGUGGAUUGUCGUUUCACCGGCGCUACGCUCUCAUCGUGCACACACUCAAACACGAGAAGACCAGAGGAUACAAGUGUACUGUACGUACCGACAACACUGUUCUCUAGAUGUAGUAGUGUACGUACCGACAACACUGUUCUCUAGAUGUAGUAGUGUAGUACCAACAACACUGUUCUCUAGAUGUAGUAGUGUACGUACCGACAACACUGUUCUCUAGAUGUAGUAGUG